GGACUGUGGAAGUGGAUGUGAUCACCCAGGAAGUACAUUCUAGUAAUGUCAUGGGAGCAGAACUCUGGGGAGCAUCUCCAACAAAUGCAGAAGAACCCCUGGGGUGUAUCAGGAAGGAGGCUGUACACACAGGCAAAACCUGGAGUGUGCCCCAAAGACAGGCUCCUCUGUAACACCACCAUUCCGGGCUCAUGCAGAAUGGAUUUCAACUGCGAAGACUACCUGAAGUGCUGCACUUUUGCCUGCGAGAAGAAGUGCAUGGAUCCUUAUGAAGAACCCUGCAUGCUACCCUUUAAAAGAGGAAACUGCCUCACUGAAGUGCAGCGCUGGUAUUAUGACUUCAAACAACAUAGCUGUAGAGCCUUUACGUACAGUGGCUGCCGUGGGAACUCCAACAACUUCCUCAGCCGGAGUGAUUGCAUGAAGGCCUGCAAGUUCAUUGUCAAGGAAGGGCAGUGUCCGCUCUUCCCUUACACCUCUCGCAUGGAGUGUCCAGAGCCGUGUAAGAGUGACAUGGAUUGCCUUGAGAAGGAAAAAUGCUGUGACUCCAGGUGUGGCUUUGUUUGCGCCAGUGCCUGGAAAGUCAAACCAGGUUUUUGCCCACCUAAGCCUCAGACGUGUGGCAGGAUUAAUAAACCCAGGUGCCUGCAGGACAGCGAUUGUCCAGCGGGGGAGAAGUGCUGCUCUCGCUGUGGACUGAUGUGCUUGGAACCCAAAAAAUGAAAAUUGCUACUGGAAAGGACACGAUCUGAAUUUUAUCAAAUACCUUUUAAGCAUUCAAUCAUAUAACGAUUUUUCUCUUAUAAUUUGUUGGCAUAACACCUUAUUAAGUUGUUGUAUGUUGAACCAUCUU